AUGCCGUGGAAUACAAAUAAUCGAAAUUCCGUCAAAAAUUCGUUCAUUUCUCCUCCAAGUAUGCCAGAAUACGAGCAGCUUCCCAAUUUCCAGAAUGUCCAACCAUUCAAUGCUUCUGAAACUUCUGAAAUUAUCCGAUUCUUACGGAUCCAAUUUCCAAUAAACGAUUUGACAUGUGGUCUUUUGGAAAACCUCUCCGACUAUAGAAAACCCAUUUCCAUGAAUCAGGUCACCACUUUGCGAUUCUGUCAAACCAUUGAAUUUUGUGUUGAAAAUUCAGUAUUUGUCCUUGUCACUCGAUACAUUGAAAUCAAAACCUUCAAUCGACGAAUUGUGCCAAAAAAGACAGUCAAAGUCAUUCCGUCCUGUUGACAUGUAUCUGAACAAUUACAAUCCAAUAUUGAAGAUCAAAU